AUGAAGUUAUUAAUACUCUGUAUUUUUACAUUUCUUUGCACUUUCACCGCUGCUCAACCAGUCUCACAAGAUCCAGACGAGAUUGAGAAGGACAUAUUUUUGAUGCUAGACAAAUAUGGAUUGAUCACAGUCAGGUAAGUAAAUUUAUUUGGUACAUCGGUAUUUUUGCAUGUAGACGAAUGGCAGAUCUACCUAAUGAAUAUUUUUAAAUAGAGGAAGAAACUUUUGAAAAGUAUAAGUACACAAAAAGUGCUAUCUUUGUAUAAUUAUUAAUUUAAAAUGAAUGCAAAUCUUGUAUUAUUCUUUACCUCUUCAGAGAAUCCGCAACAGCAUGUCCGUUCAUCGUUGCUCCAGCUUCAGAAUGCCCAAGACCAACCGUUCUACACUACUACACAUGCUGUGGGCACUUGAAUGCUCAAUGCUGCGAGAAUGUGCAAGGAUAUGUUGUGUUGGCUUCGGUGAUCUUCAUCGUCUCCUCGUUGGUUUGUUGUUUAUGCUGCUGCUGCUCAUGCAUUUCGUGUUGUUGCUCACCUCGUCGCCAGAAUCGAUAUUCUUAUUAACCUUUUUCCACGGGUAUUUUUACAGCGGUCUCAUUUUUGUAUCUUUAAUAAUAAUAAAUAGUUAUUAUAAAAAAUUUUGGAGGUUUGAAAUGGUAAUAUUUUUAAAAAGGAGUAAUGUAGAGAGGGGUAUGGAUGAAAUUUCUCCGGGGGGUGUUCCGGCUACAAUAAAGUAAAAGGUUCAAAGUUAUGUUUAUAUUAAUUUAGCUAGACAAAUACUAUGGAAAUGAUCUUCAAAUGGCAGCUAGUCUACAGGAAAGUACUUUAACACAUGGUAGAUAAGAAAUAUUUUAAUUGCGGUCAUUUGAGUCGCUCUUAUCGGACCACAUUUAUUGUGGUUUCCACCAGCGGGUUAUGCUGUUUUAUUGACAAACCAAUUUAAUUCGAUAUUUUAUGUGCGUUUUAGUUUUUUUAUUGUAUAGUUACUUGGUUUUUACAAUAAAACGGACUUUUUUAAGGGGUUUUCAUUAAAAAUUAGAAAUUUGAGUAUGAAGGUUUAUUUAAAUUAGGCGGCAAAAAAUUUUUGUAAAAAAUUAAAAAUUUAGAUGCCGAAUCGUCUGCUUCAUCCUGACCAUAAUCCUGAUUUGACAUCGGAACGCCAAAACUGCCAAUUUGAUACGGAUGAAUUGGCAGCACGAUUUCAUGGAGGAAUCGACAAAAUUCGCCGACGGCACGAGAUUCUGAAGAUUGUUGAAUCAAUCCCGGAGUUGAGGGAUUCAACUCAAGACACUUCGUUCCUCGACCGUAUGGGCAAGGUGGAGAAUGGAACAAGGAAUGCGAUUCGACUGGUAAAGCACAUUGAGGACAUUAUUGAAAGUCCAUUGGCUAGAGAGGAGAUUGCUUUUUUGAAUAAGUAAGGGUUAGCUGAAUUUUUUUAUUUUUUCAGUUUUUUAGUUGAUUUUUUAAAAUUUCUAAUUAAAUUUUAAAAAAAAAUUUUUUUAAUUUAUGAUGGCCAGGUACUGUAAUUUUAAAAUCAGCUCUUUUUAGCUUAAUAAUAGGCCGGGAUGGCUUUCCUUUUGUCAUUCAUUACGUUAUGGUCGUACCAAUGUUGAUGAACAAUGCUGAUGACGAACAAAUGGAAUGGUGGUUUUCCAAAGCGCUUAACCGUGAAUUUGUCAGCACGUACGCUCAAACCGAGCUUGGGCAUGGUACAAACCUGAAAAAACUUGAGACAACCGCUGUUUAUGAUGAGAAAACUGAAGAAUUCGUGUUGAACACACCGACGAUUACUGCUACAAAAUGGUGGCCAGGUACUGUAAUUUUAAUUUUUUUUGUAUUUUAGUAUGAUGUUAUGGCUAGCAGUAUACGGACUGUUGUAAAACCUAUCUACUCGCUAUUUGUUAAACAAGUUUGUUUUAGGUAAUCUUGGUAGAUCAACCAACAUGGUGAUGAUCAUGGCCUUGUUAUAUACAAACGGAAAAUGUUAUGGAGCUCAUCCUUUCAUGCUACAAAUUCGAGAUUUUGAUACUCACAAAGUGCUACCAGGUAUUGAGGUUGGAGACAUUGGUCCGAAGUACGGUAUGAAUGCAAAUGACAAUGGUUACAUGCGUCUGAAUAAUGUCCGAAUUUCGCGACGAAACAUGUUGAUGAAGAAUGCUAAAGUUGAAAAGGAUGGUACUUAUAUAGCACCAAAGCAUUCUAAAUUGGCGUAUACUGGGAUGAUGUUCGUACGUGCUGUUAUGAUAAAAGAUCAGGCUAAUCAGCUGUCAAUGGCGGCUACAAUUGCGACACGAUAUUCUUGCGUUAGAAGGCAGGGAGAGAUUGUUGAAGGGUAUGUUAAAGUAAUUUUUUGUCAGGAAAGUUAGUGUAUUGGAGAUUAGAAGUAGAUGAGAGGGAUGAAAGGUACAAAAAAAAUAAAUUUGGGGGGGGGGGGUAAAAAUUUUUUCAAAAAAUUUUAGAAUAUACUUUAAUGUUGCUUUUUUUUUAGUCAAGGUGAAGUAAAAGUAUUAGACUACAAAACUCAACAGUACCGUGUGCUACCCCAUAUUGCACGCUCGAUCUGCUUUAUGUUCGCUGGUGAUCACUCAAUAAAAUUGUACGAAAGACUAGUCAAGGAUUUGAGCAAAGGCGAUGUAAGUGCUGUCUAUAGUCAUCAUAUCUCUGUCUUUUCAACUUAAAAGCAUACAAAUUUUUAAAUUUUAAAAAUUUUAAUUUAAAAAAACUACUGUAAUAUUUUUGAAAUUACUGUAAUAUCUUUCAGACUUCAUUAAUGGCCGAUUUACACGCUCUUGGGUCAGGCCUUAAAGCCGUGGUAUCUUUCCAGACAUCUCUCGGUAUAGAGCAAUGUCGUAUGGCAUGCGGUGGGCACGGUUAUAGUGAAGCUGGAGGCUUUUUGAGGAUAUAUGGUAUAGCAACAGGAGGAUGCACGUAUGAAGGAGAAAACAUGGUCAUGUUACUGCAGUUAGCAAGGUAAAAGAUUUUUUUAUUACUUAUAACUAGUUUUUUUUUUAAUUAAAAAAUUUUUUUUUCUAAAAUUAAAUUUUUUUACAAUUUUAAAUUAUUUCAGGUACAUCGUGAAAUUAGUUCCAAAAAUCAGAUCCAAUGAUCCAGACUACAAACCAUCGCCGUUAACAGCCUAUUACUUUCAAGGAGCGGUCAAGAACAAGAUCUCCGAAUAUAAUGCUGAAAACCCUCGUGAGCUUAACUGGACCUACUUCCAGGACGGUUUUGAGUACGUGUCGCGACAACUGGCCUUCUAUGCUUAUGUCAAAUACGAAAAGUUGAGGGAAGCUGGAAUGAGGCCAGAAUUGGCUUGGAAUGAAGUUGCUGUCUAUCUCAUGAAGGUAUGGUUUAAACGUUUUUUUAAAUUUGAAUUUAAACUUUGUCAUCAUUUUCGUAUGUUGAGUUAAAGAUCUAGAGCUUUUUGAAAAUUUGAAUGACUAAACAAAUACAUAUACUUACCAAUUUAGGCUUCUCGAGCUCAUACUCGCACUUUCCUCGCCCGCAACUUCAUUGAGCGUGUUCACGAAGAGCACGAUCCUACAAUAAAGCCCAUUCUCAGCGAUAUUCUACACCUGUAUCUACUAUAUGAAGUCCUUGAUUGUCGUGCUGAUCUCCUCGAAACCGGCUACAUGUCGCAUACUCAACUUCACUCUGUACGAGAAGAAAUGGAUUUAGUGCUAACUAGUAUCCGGAAAAAUGCUGUAAAUAUUGUGGAUUCUUUUGAUCUGGCCGAUCGUGAACUUGUUUCUGUAUUGGGACGUGCUGAUGGGCAUGUUUAUGAAAAUCUGUACAAAUGGGCACAGAAGAGUAGUAUUAACGAACAUGAAGUUUUGCCUUUUCAUCAUGAGACUCUGGGGAAAAUGAUGAGAGAUGCCAGAGAAAAAAGCAAAUUGUAA